CUGCUCUUCUAUAUGUUGCAUUUCCAGCCAUUUCCUCUCGUUUUACGCAGGCGGACGUCCACAGCUGCGGCAGUGCGCACUACAGGAGGACGCACGGACGGCGGGGACCGGCGGCAACGCGGCGUCGUUUAACGACGCGGACUGGAUGCUGGACGGUGUUUAUUUCUGCGGAUCUGAAUCCAGGACUGCAGGACAACUUCGUGCGGGACAAAGCCGCCUUCUUUUUUGUGCCGAUCGCUCGGCUCGAGCUGCUGACCGCCGGUGGACGAGGGAGAAGCGAGAGCCGGAGGAGACGGGCGACGCGCCGGGAUAGAGAGAGAGAGAGAGAGAGAGAGAGGGAACAACGGAGCUGCGAUCCAACAUGCGAGCGUGCGCACCAUCCUGUGCACGCGGAUCGGCGUAAACAGAGGAGUUGUUGCUGUGCAUGAGGUGCUGCGCCGGAAGGCAGCGCGUUAUCGAUCGUUUACGCGGCGCCGAAAUAUGCAGCGGCUCAACUUUGGACUCCCAUCCGACACGCCUGAUGUCAUAAAAGUGCAUUUAUACGUCAGACGGGGAGUAUUUUAGCGCGGCGCCGUUUGUUCACGCAGCGCCCGCGCGCCAUGGUUUCCGUUUGGAUCGCCGCUGAUGUCACUGGUUACGUGCUGUAAAUCGCUGAAGGCUGCCGAGUUGGUGCCAGAUGAUUGGUAAACUGUGGAUGUAGGCAGGCCCGAGCUCGGCGUUUUUUUUACGCAGAUCAGAUCGAUACGGACUUAAAGCCAGCUGUGGCAGCCUGCUUGUUCCACUCGGGUGUCACGGGGGGUGUGUGUUAAACUGUGCCUGGGAGCAGCGCCGAGCUGUGCGCACUGUCACACACGCACAGGAUCCAGCAGGUAGCACCUCCGCCACAAGUUUCAAUGGUGUUCCGAAAGUUGCCCGGCGUGUCGGCGUCGGGAAUGGGUCUGCGUUUGUCCCAGAAGUUCGUCUUUCUGCUCUUCCUCUCGGGUUUGGUGACGCUCUGCUUCGGCGCGCUCUUCUUUCUCUCGGACUCGGUGCGACUCAAGCGGAUGUUUAUGUCCAAAACGGACCCGCAGCCGGUGACCGCGGGCUCCGGAUCGGAGAACGAUGCCGGGAGAGAGCACGGCAAGAGGACCAAGGAGCAGCAGGAGCCGCGGAGCUCCAAGGGAGACGCCGGAGCCAAAGCCAGCAAGAGCCGCAAAACGCCCGCGUCCGAGGCCGCCGAGGAGCGCUUCACCGGCGGCCACGCUCAGGAGGACCUGACGCCCUCCAGAGCCAAAACCGACGGCCUCUCUGACACGGAUACUUUGGUUUACGAUAAAUUCAGGAGGUGUCUGCUGAAAGAGCCGCUGGGGAGAGACAUGGGCAAGCCGAGCGACCCCGAGACCUCCGAGCGCAGGGACAAAGUUCGAGAGAUGAUGAAGUUUGCCUGGGAUAACUACAAGCGCUAUGCCUGGGGCAAGAAUGAAUUGCGGCCUUUGACGAGGAACGGGCAUAUUGGCAACAUGUUUGGUGGCCUGAGAGGAGCUUCCAUCAUUGAUUCCCUGGACACACUGUACAUCAUGGGGUUAACUGAUGAAUAUAAAGAUGCCAAGGAAUGGGUGCAGAACAGCCUGGACCUGAACUCUAAUGGUGAGGCGUCGCUGUUUGAGGUGAACAUCCGUUAUGUUGGUGGGUUGCUGUCGGCCUAUUACCUGACAGGAGAGGAGUUGUUCAAGAAUAAAGCGGUGGAGCUGGGAGAGAAGCUGCUCCCUGCCUUCAACACACCAACAGGAAUCCCCCGAGGAGUCAUCAACCUGGGGAGCAGUGGCAGCAGUUGGAGUUGGGGCUGGGCUUCAGCUGGGAGUAGCAUCCUGGCUGAAUUCGGGACCCUGCACCUUGAAUUCAUCCACUUGACUGAGCUCUCUGGCAAUCCCAUCUACACAGAGAAGGUGAUGAAUAUCAGGAAGGUGCUGAACAAGAUUGAAAAACCACACGGCCUGUACCCAAACUUCCUCAGUCCUGUCAGUGGAAACUGGGUGCAACACCAUGUGUCCAUCGGUGGCCUUGGGGAUAGCUUCUACGAGUAUCUGAUCAAAUCUUAUCUGAUGUCAGACAAGACGGACCAAGAUGCAAAGAAGAUGUACUACAGAGCUUUGCAGGCUAUCGAGGCAAACCUGGUACAGAAGUCAGCUGGUGGACUCACCUACAUGGCCGAAUGGAGGGGUGGGAUCUUGGAUCAUAAGAUGGGCCAUCUCGCUUGCUUCUCUGGUGGUAUGAUUGGCAUUGGGGCUGAUGAUGGUGCUCCAGAGAAGAGGCAACACUACCUGGACCUGGCUGCUGAGGUCACACACACAUGCCACGAGAGCUACACUCGCUCAACAACCAAACUUGGACCUGAAGCAUUUCGAUUUGACAGUGGAGCUGAAGCCACGGCCACUAGGCUGAGCGAUAGGUAUUACAUUCUACGACCAGAGGUCAUAGAGAGCUACAUGUACAUGUGGAGACUGACACAUGACCCCAAGUACAGAGAGUGGGGUUGGGAGGCCAUUGAGGCCCUGGAGGAGCACUGCCGAGUGGAGUCUGGCUUCUCUGGAAUCCGUGAUGUUUACACCACGACAGCUACCCACGAUAACAUGCAGCAGAGCUUCUUCCUCUCCGAGACACUCAAGUAUCUGUACCUACUCUUCUCGGACGAUGACCUUCUCCCGUUUGAAGAUUGGGUCUUCAACACUGAAGCUCACCCGCUGCCCAUCGUCCGUAAGAGCUGCCUGCAGGAGGAAGGACCACAGGAUAAGACGGUCUCCAAAUAAGAAUGGCGCGCCAUGCAGUAAUGGAAACAGUUAUGUGUGUACUAUUUGCGCACACAAGCAGUCACACCAAUGUUGCAAACAAAUAUCAAUGCAGGUUCAAAGUCCUUUCAGGAUUGUAUCGGGGACUCAAGUUCCUUUCCAGUAAAGGAUGUCGAUGUUUUACGCUGUGAUUGUAUAUCCUUUUGCCGGCAUUAUUUCCUGCUGGCACUUCUUAAUUUCUGGACAAUCAAGAUUAAAAAGACUUUGAUGAAAUGAACACCUUUUUUUGGUUCCUUCUUUCCUCUGUGAGGAAACCAGUAUAACUUGCAGACCCAAAUGUAUGGGAGGAGGGUUGAAAUAUGGGCCAUACUGUUUGAAAGAGAGAACCGUAUAGAAAACCACGUAAGUUCUGAUCUUUAAUUUUCUCAUUUUGUUACUCUCAACAAUGAUUUAUUUUCUUUAAUUAGAUUUUUUUCCACCCUUUUGUGAUCACACUCUUUGACCAAAGGUUUCUUUGCAGUUAUGUUGUCCUUCAUUUCAGUGUUGUAUUUUUUUGGUGAGAUUUGACAGUAACAUAGCAGAAUACAUCUAAAAGGACUGAAUUGUAAUGAUUAUUGAUAAAUGUACAGACAAGUAUGAAAUGUGAUUCUCAAAUCCGCCUCCCAGCUAAUGUUGAUGUCAUGUUUCGUACUGAAACACGCUUGAAUGAUUUUUUUUUUCUUGUUUUUUUUUUUUUUAAGUCAAGAGGAGUCAGGAAAGCAGCAGUGUCUUAUGCAUCCAGGGACCAUUUUCUUAAAAUAAGUGACAAUGUUGGGAUUUGCUUGGGCUGUGUGCAUGGGUGACUGUUUUGAACACAAAGCCAUCUCAGUCCUCUCAUUCCUUCACAUUAAAAAUGCAAAUAGGGAACCUUCAAUCUGUGUUGAAAACACAGUUGAGAAAAAGGAAAAAAAAUGUUGCACUGGAAGGCCACUCUGGUUGUGUUUUUCUGUUGCUGUUGGUUUGGUUCACUCUGCCUUUAUAUGUGAAUCCACAUGACUGCCAGGACUGAUGAUAAAGGCUGUAGAAGCCCAUCUGGGUGUUUGUCAUGAUUUUUUUGUUACCAGUCGUGGUGUGAAUGUGCUGUACAUACAGAUGAAGUGAGUGACCCGUGUACGAGCUCGUCUUGACUUUAUUUUGUGAUCUUUUUUAUUCUAAACUUCAGUUCUUUUUCUGGGUUCUUCUGAUUUGCUUCCCUCAGGUGUUUAAGUAAAAAAAUAAACAAACUGAUUUUAAGCCUAAUUAUUGCUGGUAUUAAUUAUUGUUAUGACUUAUUCUUACUGUUUAAUUUGACUUAUCUUUUAUUGUUGAAUAUUUUCAAAUACUGAUAAAGAUCUGUGCAACUUUGUACAUUUAAAACAA